AUGUCCGUUGGUGAGGUGACCCCCUCCCAUCUGGUGUUGGUGCAUACCAUUGUACCUUCCCAGUCGGACCCCUAUAAGCACCCAAAUCUUGAUGUCAUCCAUGUUGUCGGGGUAAACCCAGAGCGACGGCUGGGACUAGACACCAUAAUCGGAAACUCGGUGUCUUCCAGGACAAGAGAGUAUGUCUUCGAAUGCAAUAUCGCACGUCUACUUCUUGGCGACUUAGCCUUCGGUGAAAUUGAGGAUCAGGCACUGCAGUUGUUGAGUGAUCUAGUGGCUGCUCAUGACGAAGGCGAAGCUAUCGCGAUCGCGUCAUCGCAGGACUCGCAAUGGCAAGAGAUCUUUUACAGCACUGUGCAGUUUAUAUGGUGGAGCUGCUUUCAGCGGAGUCGAAAUGUCCAGACGUUCGACAGGAAGCUCUCGCGGUUUCUGCACGCGCAUCAACAAAAUGCUCCAUGGGCUUGUCUGGCAACAUCCAUGUCAAUUCAAGCUCUCGCAGAGGCCUCGAUUGAAACGACGGAGGCAUUCCUUGCUUCUAGGGCCUCCCUACGUACCCGGAUGGUUAGCAUCUAUACCAAUGAGACUACGAACGGAAUGGAUACUGCUCUUGACUUCUUCACCGCUACCUUCGGUGUAUCCACUGAGAUCGCCGUGCAGGAGAAUCCACCUGGUGAGGACGGAUAUGUAUCUAGCUUGGAAGAAGUCGUGAGUUAUCGAAGAGAAAAUUGGGCAACCCACCCACAAUGGAUGGCCUUACAGCGAAUGCUUUUACCACUGGCAAUGCCGCAGCACCAGCAUACAGUUGAGCAACCGGAGACCUCGCCAAGAGCGUUGGAAUGUCAGGCGUAUAAAGACUGGGCUACAACACCGAGGACACCAGUCUUAUACAUUCAAGGCCGUGAUGGGGCCGCUUCCAGGUUUCUAGCGGACCACUUGGCUCUAUUCGAACAGAAAAAGCAGCAAGAGAAAAAGAAAUACGAGACUCCGAUACUAUCAUUCCGUUUCUCGUCCGACAACCCCAUGCGGGCCACUAUGCAUUCUGUGAUAUGCUCAGUCCUCAUCCAGGUCCUCACUGCUUUUGAACCUGAAAAUCUUCAUCUAGGUACUGAUCUGCUCCUGGACUUGUACCGCAUUCAAAAGGGAUGGACAUUGAAAGACCUUGGUAACAUCCUAGCAACUGUCCCAAUACAACGUUUACAGACCAGUGGCUUUCUAGUACUCCAUGAUGUCGAUGAAUGCGACGUGGCAAGCCGUAAAUACCUUUGGGGCCUAGUCCAGGGUCUCGCAGAUCGCUCAGAUUUGCCUAUCAAGGUUAUCGUGACAAGUCAACGCAGGCUGUCGUUACUGAUAGAUUCCGACAAAUCUAGCCUAUGGAACUUGUACGACUAUUCUGAAGACACCCCGGAUGUGCCUUUGAUCCCCAGGCUCUGCCCCGCGGGUUAUGGCGAGACUCGAGUGAAGACAGCUCUCCGUCGACUAGCCGAUAUGAAUCAAGCAAGCUUAGAACAGAUUGUCUGCCUCUUGCGGGGAUAUACGGGUUGGCCAGACAACCCAUCUUCGGCUGCAUGGUUUAGUUUCUGCACGCUUCUAGACACAAUCCAACCAUCGACGUCGCCGGCCACCGUGUUAGACCAGAUCCUCAGAACAGUCUCUGACCAAAUUUUAGGCCUACGAUGGAUUCUCCAAUGGCUAUUGUACGGACAUCGACCCCUAAGCGGCCCUGAACUCGGAUGGCUUUUGCACCAAUGUCACUGGGGCCCUGAAAAUCGGUGUAUGUCCAGUCCUGCCUCGAACGAGAUAGGGAAUUCUCUCCAGUUGAUGAAAUCAAAGUUAUCAGCAUUUCUACACUUUGGUUACAAUCGAGUUUGUGUCAGAGAUUCUCUCCGGGAUCUUCUUCUUGAAGAUGAUCCGAUCUACAUGUGGAAUGAAAUCAAACCUCUAGCCCACGAAACGAUCGAAUUUCUCACGUUCUAUCUCACACGCCCAGAAGUUCGUGAGCGGUUGACUAAGUUGUACGAUGAAUACACCUUGCUGUAUAAUGCUAGUGACAACCUCCUCACGCCUUCACUGCAGCCAGAUGGUACCGAUUUUAUUUUCUAUGCCGUAACGGCAUUUCCAUACCAUCUUGACAGACACCCUGAAUUUCUGCAAAACCUGGGGCCUAUUUUCGAGUCACAAGAACAGCCUCUCACCCCCUGGGCACGGAUGUAUUGGGCAAUGCACAACCCUUUCUCACGGCCUUCGGAACCGAUAGACUCACCCGUCGCUGCUCUUCUCCGGACGACUCUCAGUGUACGCCUCCGUGAAGCAUUAAUCAGCGCGAUGGAUGCCCGGUUGAUUCGCACGGAAGUAUCCAACGCACCUCAAGAGUCGAACGAUGUCACUACGAUGCAUCUUCUGGCUCAUGCCAUGUCUGUGGGGCACGAAAAAGCUGCUUUGGAACAUGUGCGGCGUACUCUCCCUAGCAGAGCUAGUCAUGGUAAGGCCCCCGAUGAUGAGAGCAUCUCAGUUUCAAAAGGCGCGCUAGAGGAUCAUGCUUGGCACUCGAGGCUAUUAUGGAGAGCAACGUGGCUCAAUAUGGAUCAACUCGUUGAACUUCUCCUAGAGACUGGUGUCCCUCCGGACCCUGAGGACGUGGUAUUCGCGCGAUGUCACUCUCCCCUGUAUGUGGCGUCGGCUAAAGCAAAUACACGUGCCUUAGAAGUGGGCGAGGUAGGUGUUAUGUACGCCGCCGCCGCUGCGUACGGGCACAGCGACACCGUCCGCGCUCUGGUGGCUGCAGACCGAGCGUUUAUGGAGCUGCAUCAGCCUCACACUGCUCUCUACAUAGCAGCCAACUGGGGACAAUGGCGAACAGUGGAAACACUUCUCGACUUAGGAGCCAAAGCUGACACCAACACCGCAGCGGGGGGUUGGACUCCCCUUAUCAGCGCAUCUUGCUCCGGCUACAUCCAGACAGUCCGGACUCUCCUGGAGCAUGGGGCGAAUCCUAAUCUCUGCGAUCUCGAGCAAGAUCCUCCUCUUUGGUUCGCUGCGUUGCUCGGCGAAAGCGUCGAGUGCGUUCGAGCCCUCCUCGAGCACGGCGCAGACCCAAAUCAUGAGCUUCUGCAGUCUCCAUUGGCGACUGAGAUCUGCGGCGCGUCCGAUAUUAGCACGGAAACACAGAUUGCACUUUUGGAUUGCCUUGUCCAUAGCACGCCGGGAAUUGACCUUGACAGAGCAGACCCGGACGGAACGACAUGCUUGAUGUGGGCCGCCAGUGGCGAUAACACUGCUCUGGUCGAAUGGCUCCUUGCUCAUAACGUCGAUGUGUGCGCCACAGAUGAAAAAUUGCGUACCGCACUAUAUUACGCCGUUGUGAACGGCAAUCAGCAGACUAUCCUCGCGCUCCUCGCGAAGGGGUCCCCAGUGAACAAUGUGACCAGUGACGGGGAGACGCUGCUGCAGCUCUCCGUGGGCAAGGGUGUUGAGCAAAUGAGUCUGCUGCUGGAUGCUAAGGCUGACAUCGAGCUCGAGAAUGGGAACAACCUGACUGCUCUCAACACAGCGGUUGUCGCCGAGAAGCCUGACGUUGUGAAACUGCUUAUCGAGAGAAAGGCUAAUAUUCACCAUCGGGAUGGCUACGGUUGGAGUCCUAUUCACGACGCUUCCUAUUAUCGUCCCAACGUCGAGGUCGUUCGGCUCCUUGCCAACGCAGUGAACAGUGGUAAAACCCCUCUGCAUCUUGCUGCCAGCGACGCCCGGCCGGAUAUAGUGGCAAUCUUGCUAGAGUAUCACGGUGCUCUCGAUAUAGAGCAACGUACCGAGAACGGCGAGACUCCACUUGUCCACGCCGUGCUGGGUAACAACUUGGAAUGCGUUCGGCGUCUAUUGCAAGCAGGUGCAAAUAUCAAUGCACAGUGCCAACAGGGUUGGACACCACUCAUGAAUGCCAUAUACCACAGCCAAUCCGACGAGAUGACAAGGCUUCUUCUGUCUCAACCCGGGGUAGAUAUACAUCUUUUUUCUCCGAAGAACGGAGCCGCUUUACAUUUUGCCUGCACGGUCCUUAACUUUACCAUGGUCACCGAGCUCCUUGAUAGAAGGGCGGAUGUAAACCAGCAGGUUCUCGGCCUUAGAUCGACGCCUAUCAGGGCAGCUUGUCUACCAGAGAAUGCACCGGACUCCGAUUCUCGCCAUGCGAACCUCGACAAGAUUGACCAAAUUGUUCGAACCCUAGUAGCUCACGGAGCCGAUGUGCAUGCCAUGUCUGACACUCCCAUAUCCACUCUUUUGUGUGCCGCUGCUUUGAAUUCGGGGCCCAGCACAAUAAACUACCUCAUCAGCGAAGGUCUUUCGCUCGACCAGCAAGACUGUGUUGGUAGACUCCCCGUUCAAUACGCCGCCGCCAAUGGCCUUGAGAGUUUCGAAGCAGUACUUCGUGACGACAGCGAGCUCCUGACGGAAGACAUCGCAGGGAAGACCGCCCUCCACUGGGCCGCCCAGUUCGGGCAUGUGCGAACACUGGAGUCAAUCCUGGCCCAUGCACGCUCACCACAGGAACGGGCCAAGUGGGUGAACCGACCCGAUAUUGAUGGCUGGACUGCACUCUGCUGGGCGCUUCGCCCCUGUACAGUCGUAAGUGUCGUACGGUCAUACGGUGAACCAUACGAUCUCACCGGCAUCGUGCAAGCCCUGCUCGAUGCCGGUGCUGAUGUGUCUAUCUCAUGUCGCAUGGGUCGAGAAGACGAAAGAUUCACAGCUUUGGAGCUGGCCCAACUACAUGAUGUCCCGGCGGAAGUAAUCCGCCUUCUCGGCAAGCCCGAAGUCACGGAUUCCACGGAAGACAAGACCACAAUCUGGGGACCUGUGAUAGAGUGCCAGACCUGCCCCAACUUUUCCGUGUGUAAAAAAUGCCAUGGGCGGAUCGACCUCUACCACGGGCAUGUCAAGCAGGAAACUGGAGAGCCACAUGAGUUCAAGGUCAUCAUUGAAGCGCUACCGGAAAUACGAGAGCAAUCAAAAGCUAGCGAUCAGCCGUUGAGUGCCGAUGUAAGAGUUGGCCCCGAGGGAGUCAAUGCGCCGGAUGGGACACAGCUUGAUCAACCCACCAUAGUGAAUGACAGUGUCAUGGAUGCUAUUAUGAGCUUUUCGAUGGACGACAAUAUUGGGGGGAUUGAGACGGCCUCAUCUUGA